AACUGACCCUAUUGUCGAUUUAAAAAUAUUUCUUUGGCCUGUAAAUUCGAUAGCGCUAUUACUGUAUAUAUGUGAAAGCGGAUUUUUUGUUUGAAUUGUUCAAAGCGACUGUAAAGAUACGAUACGAAGAUUCUACUAAGGUGCGUGAUGAGCUUUUUUAAGACAUUUGCUAGAAGAAGCACAAGGUCUUCGAAAAACAAACCAAACAAACUGAAAGUUGACGAAGACGACUAUGUACAUCUUGAACGAUAUCAAGGAAGCUACAAAGAUGGUAGAAGACAUGGAAAAGGGGUUUAUUAUUUCAAUAAUGGUGAUAUUUAUGAUGGAGAGUGGAGAAAAGGACGCAAGGAAGGAAUUGGAACAUAUGUAUUCGCUAACGGUAAAAAGAAUGUUGGCUGGUUUUACCGAGAUGAAUAUGUUGGAAAAGAACCAAACGAAGAACUAGAAAGAAAAAUGAGAAAAAAGAGAACUUCCCCUUUAGAUGACGCCAAGCCAUUGCAAAUGGAAAACGAGGCAAGUGAUUUGGAGUAUAGCUCACAAAGCGACGAUGAUGAGAUGACUCGUGGAGUGUGCCAAGAAUUUUUGGACAAUUGUAAAAAGGUCACAGAAAAAGUUAGCAGAGAUAAGUGCUAGACUAGAGAGUUUUAGAUUUACGUUCACGGCAAACGUGAAACGUCAGUUGACCAGUAAAAAAUUCUUUUGAAUUACUGAAAAAGAAUCGCAAAAAAGUCCAAGUAGUAGAAAAACAAGAGUAUUUGCGCUU